UUUUCGUAGUUCUGAGCGGUGGAGCACUACAUUUCCCGGCGUCCCCCGCGGCCGCUUCCUGUAUGAUUAGUGGACGGCUCUUCCGGUGCUGUCUCCAGGUGUGAGAUGCGGAUGAUGAUUUGUUCCCUGUAGUUGUCAUGGAGGAGGCGGCUGAGCUGCUGCUUGUGAUCAUGUGACCCCAUUCACCCUGCGCUUCUGUCCUAGAUCCAGUGUUACCACGUGACUGACCCCAGACUCUCUAGAUCAGGCAUUCUGGUUCUUGUUGUCCUCCAGGAUCCGCUGGGGUUGUUUCUGGUGGCUUUGUUGUCUGACCCUACAGGGAGCCCCUCAUGUGAUCUUCUGGGGGUCCCUCCAUGUGACGGGGUCCCCCGGGAGUCAUGCCCCGAUCCAAGGAGAUCUGUGACGAUGUGCGGAAGAAGAUUGUGGAGGCCCAUGAGGCCGGGAAAGGCUAUAAAACCAUCAGUAAGGUGUUUGACGUUCACCGCUCUACUGUUAUAUCCAUCAUAUAUAAAUGGAGGAUGUUCAAGACCACCGCUACACGUCCCCGGAGCGGGCGGCCCACCAAGCUGGACAUCAUCGUCCGCAAGGUCAGGAGAAGCGGCGCAGGUACUCGGAACGGGAAAGUCACAACAGAGGAUGAGCGAGCGCAAGAGGAGAAGAGCGAGCGCAUCACAGGUACCAGACACUGGACCGGACGCCCUAAUGUUCACACACGGGCAGAAGACGAUGAGAUCUUGCGCUCCACUAAUCCACUGCCGCACAACGAUCAAGCAGUAACCACGGCAAUGCCGAAAAGAACAAGAGGCCAUAAAGAAAAGACGAAGGAGUCGGGUCUGAUGGGCAACUGCGUUUGGGGCUCCGUGGAGCAUCCGGAGGCGCUGAUCCUGUGCUGUGAGAUCUGUGGCGCCUGCUUCCCCACAGAACCUGAUCUGGAGAGUCACCAGGCGCAGCACCUGGACAAGACGCAGCACGAGUGCGAGGAGUGCGGGAAAAGCUUCCAGUCUGCGGCCGGUCUCAAGACACACAAGAGACGGAAACAUGGCCGCUGAAAGCAGUCUGGGGGGUGAGGGGUUACAUGACCAGUGUUGGGGGGCUCUCGUGAGGUCACAUGACCCUGGCCUCCUGUACAGGUCCGUAUGUUGCAGGUCUGGGAGGACACGUUCUCAUGGUGCUGUAGACAUGGCAGCAUCCGAUCUUGUACAUUAAAUGUGAUCUGCAUCCAUGACUCUUGUGGUGUUUGGGA